AUGGCAGGACAGAAUAGGCUUCUAGAGUUGAACGAGCUUGAUGAAUUUCGAAAUGAAGCCUAUGAGAAUGCAGAGACUUAUAAAGAAAAUUCUAAGGAAUUUCAUGAUAAAAGGAUAAUUAGGAAGGAUUUCCAACAGGGAGACAAGGUGCUAUUAUUUAAUUCUCGAUUGAAGCUUUUUCCAGGAAAAUUAAUGUCGAGAUGGUAUAGACCAUUCAUAUUUGUUGUCUUAUUGCCGUAUGGAGCGGUGAGGAUUCAUAGCGAGAAGACGGGACACUUUAAGGUGAAUGGUCAGAGAUUGAAGCACUAUUUGGAAGGGCCGGUGGAAAAAUGCUAG